UGUUUUUAUGAUACCCCCGCAAACUUUCACGAGUUCUCCGUCAAGGCAUGGUAGCAUCACUCAUUGACAAACUCACAGCCCGCUUAUAAUUACCCCGCCACAGUUCACUCUGUGUGCGACAUGCCGCGAGAGCCUCACCACAGCCCAUGUCAAGGUUCCGAAUGCAUUUAACAAUGAGGUGAGACUUUACUAACUCCAAACCCACCCAAGACCAUCUUUCAACAAAGACACUUGUAGGUUCGAGUCGGCAAUAUUUAACAUGGCGCUGCUCGUUUUUUCACCCACCCUCAUUACAGCAUCACCUGCUAACAUUGCCCUGCCUGCCCAGACCAAAUUUACUGUCCAAGCGUCAAGAGCCUUCACAUUCAGUUCAUGUCAUGUGGUGGUGUGCACACGCUUGACGUUUAAAAGGAAUCAGAAGGGAGAUGGUGAAGAGGUUUUUAUAACAAAACAAAACGACUGGGAUUGUGUUUAUUCCUCGACAAUAUUUUUUUCCUGGAACCCAUGGAGUACUUCUUUUUAAAAGGAUUCUUGGUGGUUUUGUUCAUAAAAAAAUGCACAUCUGACGGUAGGUUGGGGUUGGCCUUUCAGCAACAUCACAGGACAUGCACUUCAUGUUUUCUUUUUCUACAUGCAUGAGUAGUGUACAUUACAACAUUUCACGGAGGAAAUGCAGGUUUGGUUUGCAGCUCGUCCUCAAACUCGAAGCCAAUGGAGAUGUCCACUAUUGCUCCCAAGGACUGAAUACUGGGAAAAUGAUUAGAUAAUAAAUUGCGAACCCAUAUCCAAAGUAACGCAUUAUCAUUACAUUCCUUGUGGCCUUACCGCUAUUUGUCCCUUCCUCUAAAUCCUAUCCAAUUGUUUUCAAUGUUUGUAGGCGUUCCUACCUCAAUCCAGUCUUCCAGGGUCACGCUUGAAGAUACACACACCUCACCCCGUGAACCUGGGAGGAGUCCAGUUGUCGCCCCACCAAGCCUGGAAGAGGUGCAACAAGCAGUACAGGAGGUCUCUGAGAAGGUUGAGGGUGGCGCAGCAGAGGAGUUCCUGAAGGAGCUUUUGGAGAGGGUGGUGGAAGCAGCUAUGGGACAAGUGGAAGGGAAAUUGGAUGAGCUGGCAGUGCAAGAAGGGGCAGAGGAGGAAGAUGCAGUGGGGGUUGAAGACGAGACUCAAGUCGAGGGGUCCGAAAGGGUGGUGCUAGGGACAGAUGCUGGUCAUGAAGACAAGCAGGAAGCAAAGGAAAGAGAAGGUGAAGCACUUGCUGAUAGUAUGGAAGAGACCACAGUUGGGGUAGACACUGUUGAAGUUGAGGCUGCGAUUGUUGAAUCCAUAGAUGCCAAAGUCAGUCAGAAAGUUGUGGAGGAAACAACCUUCGAGGGAAUGGGCAAAGAUGUAGCAUUAGACGAUGAAAAGGUGGAGGACAGCAACAUGAAUGUUGUAAUGUUAAAUGGUAGAGCCCAAACAGAAACAACUCCAAUUGUUCAAGCGCUAAAUUUUGGUGGGGAGCCAGUGCGGGAGACUGGUGCAGGCUCUGAGCUCAAUCUUGUGGCUGAAGAAAUCGGCACAGUAGGGGAGAUAGAGGAAGAUGCUGCGGCAGGUGACGUGGACGGUGGAGUGAUCGCACUGCCAUCUGAUAAUCCUGACAUCGAGGUGGUGGAAGAGCUAGCGGUUAGCGAAGAGAACUACAUAGUCAAGGACCCUCAAAGCCAAGAUGAUGUGGAGGAAAGUUAUGUUGAGGAAGAAGUGGAAGCUAUUGAGCUUGUAGGUGUGGAAGUGGAUUCAAAAUAUGGAGAAAGUCACCAACACAUCAGCGAAGAAUAUGAAGUGUUGGUCAACGGUGGGGAUGAGCGACAAGCUGGAGUCGAAGGGGUUACAUCACAGACUUCAAAUUACCUCAAAGAAGGCCCAGAAACAACAGUGAUCUCUGCCCCGGAGCCUGAAAAUGAUGCCGGAGUCAACAUUGAGCAGAGGCCCGACAACCAGGGUGCUGCAGCCCCAAGUGCAGCACUCAGUGAGGUUGCAGAGAAUGUUUUCAAUGAGAUCCUUUGCCCAACUGAUGACCUCAUGGCCGCUGACCCCAACGUGGCCCAGCCGACGCUUGAGUACUUGGUGAAGGAUGUCCUGGCAAUUCCCUGUCAGGCAAGAGAAGAUCUGCUUGAAGACACCGCUGAGGAUCCGGAACUAAAGGUAAUGGUCCUUGAAGCGUGGAAGAUCGGCGCGACAAUUGCUGUGGUGUUCUUGCUUUUGGAGACGGUUGUCAUUAUCAUCUAUAUCUUUAAAUGUUAUAACAAAAACAGCGGCCCGGCUGAACAAGGCUCAUGUGAGGAAGGGUGUGUUGAAGCAGAAGUGACCACGAGCGGUGACAACAGUGACCACACACUCCAUGCAGGAAAUGGGCACCUUCAACAGUAUGUAAUGUGUAUGUGUGUGUAUGAUGUCACUCAGCCUCAUACCGGACACCUCUCAGCACCCAAUGGUUUCUAAACAUCAAUGUGAGCAGCUGUCCUCUUAGCUGUCCAAUUAUGGGCCUCUUAGCUGAUUUCCUUCAAGCUGUUUUGUCAGGUCAUGCACUCCAAAGGGUACUCAGUGUGGCAUACAUGUGAUGCCAUGAUGACUUGCAUGAAUGGGUCAGAGAAAGCCCGGGGUAUGACUGUUAGAAGAAAAGAAAAUCUCAUGCUCCACUGUCCAGUCAUGCUUUUGUGGAUAUUCCAACAAGUUUACAUCUACUGCAUAUAUCCGAUACUUAAACUGCAUACAGUACUCUCUUUUCAAACAUUGUUUUUUUUCUAUCACUGACAGAAUUAGAGCAGCAGAGCAAUACGAUGCAGCGGCGACCCUGGCACAAAACAUCAAAAAGCACAAAGGGGAGCAUGUGAUUAGCACGUCAAACAUCCCGGACGGCACCACAGAGGAAUCAGCCAGUGGUGGACGAGGACCGCAUUCCCCGCAAGAAGUCAGGACUUCCACGCUCUAGGGUGGUCCGAUUGUUUUUGUGUUGUUAGUAAAGUGCAAGCCCCUCUUCCCCCUUGUUCCAAUGUAUCCCAAAUACCUCAUGAAGUAUUACAAAUUGUCCGACAGUACUCAAAGCAGAGUACCUGAUUCUCAAAGAUGAUCACGCCAAUUUGUAUGAUGUGUGAUUGAACGAACGCAUGUGAAUGUUUGUGUCUGUGUGAGUAUUUGUGAAAUUCCCGGGGGAAGUGGGGAGAAUAGUCUGGACACAUUUUACGUGUGUCAUCAUGUCGAGAAAGUACUCAGAUGUGAGUAGCGUGCGCCUGGAGCUGACAUCUGACUGAAGGGAAAGAAGCCUUUUUCUUGUGGCGUUUGCAUUUCUGUAUAAGCAUUGUCUUUGUCCUAUCCAAAAGUAAAAUGUUUAAAACUGA